CAACUGAAAUCCUGGUGUCUUAUAAACCCAUGAGGAUUGGGCACUGUGUGUGCAUGAAAAAUAAAAUACAAUCAAUCAAUCAUGUAUUAGGCAUCAUAGACUUUCUUCCUCGGUUUCCUGCCCGCUAUGCAUCUUUGGAGACUGAGCUGUCAGUAAAGGGUUGAAGGAGGGAGUCCCUCAGAAAUGUACAGUCACUUUUUGUGAAGGGAUUAGUGCUCUCUCUCAUUCCCAUUGGCUUUGCCCGCCGUGACAGCGGUGUGGAGAAGAGUGGCUGACAUGCCGAGCAUCAUCCAUAACAAGCUUCCAACCUGCUCCUGUGUGACUCCCAUUCAUGUGCCGUAGCUUUGCACUUUAUGUGCUUUUUAGUUCCACUUUGUUCAAAUACUUCAGUAAAUAGGAAACAUCUUGUCUUCUCCUUUAUUUUUUUCUUACCAAAGACACUAAAAGUUAUUCUGAAAUUUGAGCCUAUCUUUAAGAAUCCUUCGCCAAUUUUCCUUUUACGCACGAGUGGACCAUGCGCUUUUUUGGAGAGGUGACAUCUUUAAAGUAGGAUCUGUGUUUUGUUGAUUUGCGUGACAUUUUCUGAAAUGGCAAAACCCUUAGAUCACAUCAAAAGACCGAUGAACGCCUUCAUGGUUUGGUCCAGAGGCCAGAGGAGAAAGAUGGCCCAGGAAAACCCAAAGAUGCACAACUCUGAGAUCAGCAAGAGGCUCGGCGCGGAGUGGAAGCUGCUCUCCGACCUAGAGAAACGUCCGUACAUCGACGAGGCCAAGAGGCUGCGGGCUCAGCACAUGAAGGAACACCCGGACUACAAGUACCGACCCCGGAGAAAACCCAAGAGCCUCCUGAAGAGGGACCGAUUCCUUUUCCCCCUGCCCUCUUUGCUCGGAGACGCAGCGGAGCAGUUGAAGGGAUUUUCCAUGGACUCCUUUCUUGUCCCCGGGGAUAAAGCCCGAGCUCUUCUGGUUCCCUCCUCUUCAUCCUCCUCUUCAUCAUUCUCCCUGUUGGAACCGGUGGCGCAGUUCAGCAGCGGAGCUGUCCCGCACACUCUGGCUGCCGGCGCUCUGCCCUUCAGCGCGCACACCUUUGGAUACCAGACUGGGGGAAUUGGGGGUCUGGCUUGCCCCGGACAGCACACCCACACUCACACCCACCCGUCCCCCUCUGGCCCGGGAUAUGUGGUUCCGUGUAACUGUAGCGCCUGGUCUACCCCCAGUUUACAGCCUCAGGUAGCGUAUAUUCUCUUCCCUGGAGGGAUGACCAAGAGCGGCAUGGAUUCGUACUCCUCAGCCGGCUCCAGCGUGUGACAGGCGGGACACACUUGGAAAGGCGUUGAAAAGUUUGCAUACAGACCUUCGACAUUUACAAUGCCAAAGACCCGGGCUAAAUAAAGUGUAACGGAGUAUCAGAGACUAUGUGUUUAGAAAUAUAUUUAAUACAUCUCAAAAUGCCAGAUGUUGCUUUUUUCUUAGCCUACUGCUGAGCCCCAAAGAAACAACAAGUUCAUACAUAACUCUUUAGUCUAAAUGCAGAACACAGAUUUUGGAAAAUUUCCAAAAACCUUUUUUAAUGUUUUGAGAAAAAAUACAUUUGAAACAGUCCAAAAUAAAAUAAAUGAGGCUCACAUAUAACGUGUAUUAAUGAUUGGAUAUUUAAGAAAAAAGGUGUUCAUGACAUUAUUUUCAGUAAACACAUAAUGAAGUCAAAUGUUCCCCUUUUUUAUUCUUACGUUGUUACACAUAGGCAGUAACACUUGUGUUCUUCAGUGUGUCUGUCUCAAUGUGCAGGCCUGUUUUUAAUGUUUCUUUUGAAUCUGUUUCUUAACAUCUUACAUAACCAGCAAAGGUUUUCCUUAAUUGUCCUUUUAUUUCAGACAUCACCUGUAUUAAUACCUGGAGGAAGAUGACAGUCAAAGCAGUGUGUCCCUUUGUUCCCUAAUUCAAGCUGUUAUUCAAACAAGCUGACAUAUUGAAAUGAUAUUCGUCCUGUAAGCCAUUUUACUCAACUGAAAAACUAAACUAGAUUAAAAUGUUCACCCCGUGUGAGUUUUGUUUGUCUGUAUGUGUGAGUGCGGGAACCACAGCCAGAGGCACGAUAAGAAAGAAUAAAUGUUCUCUCCUCCCAAGAGUCUACAAAGUUGAAUGAACUUUAUUAGUGUUGUUUGUUUCACAGUAAGUAAGAGGAAGUGAGCCCUGUUAUUGAAAUCAAUGGAUUAAGUCCAAGUGUAUGACAAGUCUUGAUUCCGGUCAUUUCCAGGAUGUAUUUUCACGUUUCAUUUUACCUGAGGACGGAUGAAAUAAUGUCCUUGACUGGACAUGAAUCAGGAGUUUUUAAUGAUGUGUUCAUGACCUUAAACCUUGGUCAGAGUUUUCCCUAAACAUCUGCUGCUGAAGUGUCCUUGGGUAAAACACCAACUCUUUAUUCAUCUAAGGGUCUGUUCAAGCAGCUGUGUUCAUGACCCUGACCUCUCUCUCCUCACUGUUAAU